CUAAUUGCAAACUGUUGACUGUUAUGAUAUAACCCAUGAUAACAAUUGACUUGAUUCACAGUUACAUAUAUUCAGGCAUUUCUUUCUGUUUCCUUCUGACUGUUGAGCGCUGAUGCAUAUUUGUCUGCGCACGCUUCUAAGGAGUGCGCCUUAUCGUUGCACCAAUCAGCGCUUCUGGUUUCGAGUUAGCACAUCUACUCCGCCAGCGGUAAAAAAUGACGAUGCCACACAGACACUGUGCACGAAACAGCGUCACUGAGUCUAAGUGUGUGUGUGUGUGUGUGUGUGUGUGCUUUCCGUUUCAGCCCACUGCCCUGUUGUCUCAUGUAGUGACAUUGCACCAUGUGAGUUUGAGUGCUUUUGUAAAGCAUCAGCUGGGUUGCACAAGGGGAUGACUGACCACAUACACAGAAGGAGAAGUUUUAUAAGCUGGUGCUUUUUUGACAUCCUGCCUCUGAGGCACUGCAGCAGCAUUGUUGCUUUCCCGCUGUGUUUAACCAGUGUCUCUCCACAGCAGAUGAACAUGGAUGUGGAGCUCGACGGAUUAUUUCGCCAUAAUGAAACCUAUGACUACGGGAACUAUGAUUAUAAAGAGGACUUUGAGUCAAGGGGCAGUAAAGCAGUGUUGAUCCCGCUUCUGUACUCCGUGGAGUUGGUUGUAGGUCUGCUGGGGAAUGGACUACUCCUGGCCGUCCUGGCACAGAAGAGGCGAUUGUGGAGUAUGUCAGACACCUUUAUCCUCCACCUGAGUGUCGCAGACAUCCUGCUGCUGGUGACGCUGCCCUUCUGGGCUGCACAGGCCGCUCAACGUUGUGGAUGGUGCUUCAGCGGUUUUCUCUGCAAGAGCAGUGGAGCUGUUUUUAAUAUCAACUUCUACUGUGGGAUCCUUCUGCUCUUUUGCAUCAUUCUGGAUCGCUACCUGUCCAUCGUUCACGCCACCCAGCUGUACUCCCAGAAGAGACCGUGGCUCGCUCACAUCAGCUGCCUGUUGGUCUGGCUCAUCUCCCUGAUCCUCACCAUCCCUGACUGGUUUUUCAUGGUGGCCAGGAAAGACCCAGCGCAAGACGAAACAUCGUGUGUUCACAAAUACUCUCAGUCAGAAACUGACUGGAAGCUGGUGUCACGCGUGAUCCACCACACACUGGGCUUUCUGCUGCCUGCAAUCGCCCUGAUCAUCUGCUGCUCCCGUAUCCUGCAUCGGCUGCUGGGCAGCUCUACAGGCCUCCAGAAGCAGAGGUCCGUCGUGGUCUUCCUGCCCCUCGUAGGGCUCUUCUUCCUCUGUUGGAUGCCAUACAACAUCACACUCAUCGUGGACACCUUCAGAGGCAACUCUACGGAACCUGAAGGUUCCCUGAAAACAGCCCUGACGGUCACAUCUGCUCUGGGCUGUGUUCAUGCCUGCCUCAGGCCUCUGCUCUAUCUUGGCCUGUGUGGAAACUUCAGAAAACGUACUCUGUCCAUGCUGAGUUGUACUGCAGGUGAAACUGACAGCUCGCUGUGGGAGUUGGGUGUUGGCGAGGAAGUCCUGUCUGACCAGGGUCCUGAGAGGGAAGAGCUGAAGCAGAUGACAAAUGUUGAUCAUCAGGUGCAGCCAGCUCAGUGCUGACAAAACCUGACCAGCUCCAUAACCUGAGGGAGUUUAGUGUGAAGUCAUGUCAUGGGUCAAGGAGUAGUUGACUAUUUUCUGUCUAUAUUAAAGCAUGACUCCCUCAUGUGAAGGUUUCAGAGCCAUGCCACUGGUGACAUACACUAUUUUGUAAUCACUGUUGCACAACUUUAGCUUGUCAUGCUAAAAAAAUCAUGAGUUUUUUUUUUUAAUUGUAGAUAUCUGUAUUUUUUAUUGUGUGAUAUUAUUAUUAUUACAGUUUUUUAUUAUUCUAUAUGUAGCAAAAAUACUGUUGUGUGAGUGAACAGUUUUUCAUCAUCAUAAAGCUAAUGCCAUAAUGUUUGAAAGUGGAAGAAACACACACUGUUAUCCUUGUCAGUGUUAUUAUGGUCUUCCAUUAAACAGUCCGACAGAGUUUAUGACUUUAUGGCUGACAACAUAUCACGAACCGUUUAACUUCUCAUUUUGCAUGUUAUCUUCAGGCAGUAAAAACUGUGAAUUCCACAAUUGCGCAGUGAGCAGGCGGAUGUCUUGAGUGUUAUGGCAGUGACUUGAGGGAAUUUCCCUGCGGUGAAUCCCACAGCCUUGUUUCUUUGUGACUUCAUUGUUGCGACAUGGAUGUGUGUACUAUAGGACACUGGAUAACAAAGACAGGUGGUGAUGUCAUCAGUCAGGUGACAGAGGGUGAGACAGAGAAGGAGGAAGAGAGGGAAAAAAAAGCUUGAAGGGUGCUGAGGCCUUUUCAUUGCGCAUUUAAAGACUUGUCUGUUUGGUGAAGAGAAAACAGUGGCAUGCUUUGUAAGAGCAGUUGACUGGGGAAAAAAAAGUGUAGGUAGCAACUGGAGGAAAGAAGAGGAGAUACAGUCUUAUUUGAAAGAAGCACCAAGUCUUUGGUUUCACCUCCAAGCUGCUGUGCAGGUUAUGGCCUGCCAGGAACACGGGAUUUCUGAGCUAAAGGCAAGAGCUAACACAUGCAAAUGUGACUUUCCGCUUCAAGUAGAAUGGUGUUGAAGUUCAUCGAGAGACAGUCUAAUCUGAGAAAUGCUGGUUGACUCCAACAGCAGCAGCACAUCAAGUUUAUAGCAUUGCUGGUUAUAAUUAGGUUUGAGUGUUGCAUGAAAUUGAACUGUUAUUUCCUGUGUCAGAGCUUAUCCGCUUACUAAAAUAGAGUCCAUUUGAUAAUCGGUAUUUUUCUUUAGUAAGCAAGAAACCUGCUAUCAGUGCAACUACAAACUUUGUUUCUGUCAAGAUACAUCGAUUCCCCUAAAAAUCAAGGCUGAAAAACAUUGUGUGUCGUCACUCCAUGAUUAAAAAAGAAACCAGCGCAUGUUGACCUCAAACCACACAAAGCUUGGCGUGUUUGAAUGGGCUCCGAGCCAAGCUCUUCACUGUGAGAGUUUAUGAACAUGUCGCUGGUUUUGCUCUCUGCUGCAGUGACCAAACCAGCUGAGCUGCUGCUUCUGGAGGGAACUCUUUAUCAUGUAGAUACACAAGUGAUAAUCUCUUUUUACACCGGCACCACCCUGUUAAGUCAAAUUUACCUCUCGUGUAAACUGUGUUAGCGGUUAAUCGUCAGCAAGUCACAGCUUUUUUUUCCUGUGCGUCUGCUCACCUUCCGUCACUUUUCUGAAUAGAUGAGGAUGUGCGACUUUAUCAUUUUGUUUCGAUUUCCUGUCAAAAAGAUGUGAGAUAUUUCCACUGAAACCGCUACAUGUGGGUUUGCAGUUCUUGUGCGUAAUCACCAUAUCCUAACUAUAUGUAGAAUAUUCUAGAGUGUGCCAUACAUGUAAGCUUAAUAUAUAUCAAAAUGUCUCACAUGCAUAAUACAUACAGAAAGAAAAGAGAAAAUGAAUAAUUGUUGCACAAUCUAACUGUCUGUCUUAAAAUUAAAUUCUAAAAUAAAAUUCAAACUUGUCUAUCUGCAAUCUGAGCUGUGACAUAUAUUACAGUGCACACAGUAUACUUUUAUAAUUACAAUACAACUUGUACAAAUAAAGAUCACAAUUCAAAAAACCUGAAGGAAAAACUUAAAAAACUAAAGACGAACUGUACAGUUCAUCAGAUUUUUUUAAGUAAAGCACAUAAUUUAAAGAAACAUAUAAUACAAAGGAGAUAAACCCCAGCAUGGCAUCUUGGCUGGCUCCUCUCCUACAGUGUAAGCUGCUUUGCACGUCAUUUAAAAUUUGGUUUUUGAGAUGGUGUAGAUGCAAUAAGCAGAGCAAAGGCACAGGAAACAGUAAAGACCUCAUGUCAAUGUAUAAUAUCUCUCUGCUCACUGGAACAAUUGUCUGCACUACCAGGCAUGUUGUUUCGCCUAAAAGCAAUAACAUGUUAAGAUUUAGUGUAAAAAAUGUCCUUUUGGCCAUGCUGCUGUACUGUAAUGUUGAAAACAUGAUGGUUUGUGGUUCAGAAAAUCACGUUUUAUUCUGUAUUUGAACAUUCCAUAUACAAAAAACAUAAUGCAAUAUACAAUAGAAUUGUGAUAAAAAAAUAUAUGUCAUUUAAAAGUUUGAAUGUGAGAUAUACUAAAAAUACUCACUGUUAAUGUUACAGUGUUGCUUUGCAGUCAGAAAAGGGAAUUGUUAUAUUUCUGCUAUACAAGAAAAAUAGAUCUGCUGCCUACAAGUACAGGUGUGUGACCUCAAGUGCCAGCGGGAGAUACAAAGUGCAGGGAACAGAGAGAGACACCAUGGAAAUUUUUUUCACAGGGAUGAAAAGAAAGGUGGAGAGAGACGGAGAUAAUGAGAGACACGAAUGUCACCAUAAAGCAAAGACGAGGCGAUAUGACAAAGCGUAUUUAGCGCUUGGCUUCACUGUGACGACGGUGGGAGACGAGAAAAGGCCGGUGUGUCUUUUGUGUCUAAAAACGUUGGCCGCGGACAGCAUGAAGCCAAAUAAAUUAAGGCAUCACUUAAAGACGUUACACCCUAAUCAUGGUGAUAAACCUCUUGAGUUUUUUCAGAGAAAACGUGCCGAAUAUUACCAGCAGUCAUCCCGGUUUGUGAAUGCUACUUCAGUAAACCAGCGAGCGCUGUUAGCAUCAUAUAAAGUGGCGUACCAAAUUGCUCAGUGCAAGAAACCCCACACCAUAGCGAGGAGCUGGUACUGCCUGCAGCAUUGGACAUGGUCUCUGUCAUGCUGGAUGAUGCAAGUGCUGCAAAAAUAAAAACUAUCCCUCUGUCCAAUGAUACUAUCGCCAGACGUAUAAAUGACAUUGCUAACGAUCUUCAAGAACAGCCGGUAGAUAAACUCAAAGACAAAUGUUUUGCAUUUCAAUUCGAUGAAGCAACUGACAGCAACGAAGACUGUUUGUUUAUUGCUUAUGUACGUUUUGACAUGACAAACUCCCUGUGUGAGGAUCUACUUUUUUGUAAAUAUGUCAGACAGAGCCACAGCUGAAGAGCUAUUCAAAAUGCUGGACAGCUUCCUGACUGAGAAUGGGCUGAAGUGGGAGAACUGCAUUGGUGUUUGCAGUGAUGGUGCACAGACCAUGGCAGGGGUGAGAAAAGGACUUCAGGCACUCAUCAAAAAGGUCUCACCUAAUGCUGAGUGGACACACUGUGUUAUACACAGAGAAGCACCGGCCUCAUGGCACCUUACCUCUGAAUGAAAUAAGGUUUUGACUGAAAUUAUAGGUGUGGUUAAUUUUAUAAAGACCAGGCCACUAAAAACAAGAGUCUUCUCUGCUAUCUGUGAGGAGAUGGGAGCUCAGUGAAGCAAGGUGGAUGUCAUGAGGAAAAGUCUUGUCCCGAGUUUUUGAGCUCAGAGAGCAGAUAAGAAUGUUUAUGGAGCAUGAGCACAAGUAUGAAGUGGCAGAAAAAUUUAGUGAUGAGAACUUCCUGGCGAAACUGGCCUACCUGAGUGACAUAUUCGGAAAGCUAAAUGAACGAAAUCUACAGCUUCAAGGGAAAGAUAAACACCUCCCUCAGGUCACAGACAAAAUCAGCUCUUUCACCCGAAAGCUUGCAAUGUGGGGCAGGCGACUUGAUGAAGGAAGUACUGAUUCAUUUGAGAACCUGCAUGAAUAUGUUGACACUACUGACUAUGAUGCCACCUCAGUGAUUCCAUAUAUCAAGCAGCAUAUUUCAUCAUUGAUGGGAUUCUUUAAAAAGUACUUCCCUGAAAACAGUUUCCAGUAUGACUGGGUGAGAGAUCCUUUCAAUGCACCAGCUCCAACUGGUUUCAGCUCUGCAGAGGAGUUCAUUGACAUGUCGUCUGACUCCAUAUUGAGACUGUGGUUCACAUCACAGGCACUGAGUGAAUUCUGGCUGAGUGUAGAGAAGCAGUAUCCACUCUUAGGACAAAAGGCUAUACGCAUUCUUCUUCCUUUUGCAACAUCAUAUCUCUGUGAGACCGGCUUCUCUGCUGUUGCUGCACUGAAGACCAAGUACAGGUCCCAGCUAAACACUGAGCAUUGAGUUGCAGUAUCAUGCUUCAAGCCCCGCUUCGAAAAGCUGUGCACUGCAAAACAUGCUCAUUGUAGCCAUUAAUCCUGACUUCCUCAUAUUGAUAAAAAAAAAAAACAGCACAAAUUGUUUUAUUCAUUUGUUGCUGUUUGUUUUGUAGGUUAAAGUAUUUUAUAUAUUCUGCUCCUGAGUGUAUGUUGCUGAUCAAUUUGAAUUUAUUAUGAAUUGAUUUUAUUUAAUUUUAUUUUUCAGUAUCAAAUGGAAGUCGGUCAAGAAAUGUUUAUAGUUUGAACAAGGAUUGCAUUUCUUUUUCAAUUUCAAGCAAAUUGAUGCACUUUAAAUCUUUUCUGUUACAGACUAAAAAAUAAUGUUAAUAAAGUUAUUCUUUGUCAUAAGUUGAU